ACACGCAAUGCAAUAAAGAAACACACUGGUGUUAGCAAUGAGAGACACCAUUCAGAUUUAUUCUUUUAUGCCCUGCUCCUCUGCUUUAUUUACUCUAAAAAAUAAGAAAAGUAAUAUAGUUAAGAAGACCAAGCGCGUCAUUUCUUCACAUAUUUUUUUUCACUGCAACUUUGAACCAGGGCGGGAGACAGAGACGCCUUUAUGAGCGCGUGGGUGACAACCUUUGAUUUGAGACUUUUGGCACUACCACGAGGAAAGCCGGUGACAUUUCCUCAGGAUAAGACACAAAACAACCUUAUAUCAUAUGUGCAUAAAAUCUUUGACUUCUAAGGAACUCAAUAACACAGAGCUGGUGAGUUUUGAAGUGCGUUCCCCGCCUGUCGCACUGAGUUACAGCAGGCAGUGACAAGUUUUAUUCGGGCUUUUGAAGUCUCAUAAUCGCGGCGUACAGUCUGAUGUCUGCCGGGACCUCUACAACACCGAGCUGCCGCAAUGUCAACCGGAGCAGGAAAGAGACUAGAAGCCCGGGUGGGAAAGUUGGAGUCACUGAUCAAGGACCAACAAUCACCGUUGAAUUUGGAGAGUUUACUGGAUUCAGUAACUGCUCUGGCCCUUGAUCUAAACCAUCCUGCACUGAGAAAGAACAAAAACAUAGACGCCUUCUUAAACCGAUAUGAAAAGGCAGUGGGCCACCUCAGGGAAUUACAGGUUAAGCUGGAUGAUUUUGACAGAGUCAGGCUGAUUGGUCGUGGAGCUUUUGGCGCAGUGCAGCUGGUACGACAUAAAGCCUCUCAACAAGUUUAUGCCAUGAAGCAGCUCAGCAAGUUUGAGAUGGUCAAACGCUCUGACUCUGCCUUCUUUUGGGAGGAGCGUGACAUCAUGGCAUUCUCUAAGAGUCCUUGGAUAGUGCAGCUGUGCUGUGCGUUCCAAGAUGAGAAGCACCUAUAUUUGGUGAUGGAGUUCAUGCCUGGUGGAGACCUGGUGACUCUGACCAGCAACUAUGACAUCCCAGAGGAGUGGGCUAGGUUCUACACGGCAGAAGUGGUGCUUGCACUGGACGCUAUCCAUUCUCUGGGCUUCAUCCAUAGAGACAUCAAACCAGACAACAUGCUGCUAGACCGCAACGGGCACCUUAAACUCGCUGACUUUGGAACAUGCAUGAAGAUGGACUCGACUGGUAUGGUCCGCUGUGACACCGCUGUCGGAACUCCUGAUUACAUUUCACCAGAGGUUCUGAUGUCACAAGGAGGGACUGGUUACUACGGCCGUGAGUGUGACUGGUGGUCUGUGGGUGUUUUCAUAUAUGAGCUGCUAGUCGGUGACACACCGUUUUAUGCCGAGUCCCUGGUGGGCACCUACGGAAAGAUCAUGGAUCAUAAAAACAGCUUGACUUUUCCAGAUGACAUUGAAAUAUCUAAGGAUGCUGAAGACCUCAUCUGUGCCUUUCUGACUGACAGGGAGGUGAGGCUUGGCCGGACCGGAGUGGAUGAAAUAAAAUGUCACCCCUUCUUCAAGAACAACCAGUGGACCUUCGACACCAUACGAGACACCAUGGCUCCAGUGGUGCCGGAGCUGAGCAGUGAUAUUGACACCAGUAACUUUGAUGAUGAUAUAAAGGAUGAUCCAGGAGGCACCGAGACCUUCCCCCCUCCCCGUGCCUUUGCAGGAAAUCAGCUUCCGUUUGUGGGCUUCACCUAUUUCAGGGAGGAUCAACUGUUAACCCACAAACAUAACAGUUCAGAGGAGAAGACUAAAAGCUGCACUGAUAGUUUCAUAAAGGAGCAUGGUUUAUACCAAUCUGAGUCCAAUGAUCUGCAAAGGAAGCUGAUUAAGCUGGAAGAAAAAAUCAAACAUGAGAUGCAGACAAAGGAGGAACUGGAGAAUAAAUGCCGAACAGCAAAUCAGCAACUGGAAAAGUUGUCAAAAGAGCUUGAAGAAGAGAUGAAUGCCAGACAGAAGGUGGAAGACUCUCUGAGGGCACUGAAGAGAGAGGAAGCCUUGCUGAAACACCAGCGCUCAGAGAGUGUAAGAAAGGCCGGUCUGGAGACAGAUAGAAAGCGUGUUCUUGAGAAUGAGGUGGGUAGCCUGAGAGAGCAGUUAGCCGAGCUGAAGAAGAAGAACCAGAAUGCUCAUCUCUCCACCGAGAAGAACAUUCACCUGGAGAGGCAGUUGGAGGAGGUAAAUGCUAAGCUUCAGGCUGAGGUAGAGGAGUUGGAGAGGCUAAAGAAGGCCCAGGAUGAGGCAUUGAGACAGUCCCAGCAGCUGGAGAUCUCUCUCAAGGAGCUUCAGGAGCGUCUGGCCCAGAUGGAGAGCAUCAAGUUGGGUCUGGAACAGGACAAACUGAGCCUGCAAACCUCACUGGAGGUGGAGAAGCGAGAGAGAAGUCUGGGCUCUGAAACCAUCAGUGACCUACAGGGUCGUGUUUGUGGACUGGAGGAAGAAUUAAAGCACAUGAAGAAUUCUCUCUCAAAAGCUGAAGCAGAGAAAAGACAGGUACAGGAGGAUCUUACUGCCCUGGAAAAGGAGAAGAGCAAGCAGGAGAUUGAUUUCUCCUUUAAAUUGAAAGCUGUUCAGCAGAAUCUGGAGCAGGAAGAGGCAGAGCAUAAAGCCACUAAAGCCCGAUUGGCUGACAACAACACAAUCAACCAAUCCAUUGAGGAGGCCAAGUCUGAGGCCCUCAAAGAUAUGGAGCAUAAGCUGCUGGAAGAACGAUCUGCAAAGCACCAGUUGGAAAGCAGACUGAUGCAGUUGGAAAAGGAAAACACAAUAUUAGACUGUGAUUACAAACUAGCCAAACACGAGCUUCAGGAGCUCCGAUCACUCAAAGAAAAAUUCACUGAGGAGGUGGAGGUGUUGAGUGUGCGGGUACAGCAGGAGACUCAGAAGAAGACUCUGUUUCAGUCUGAUAUGAAAGUGCAGAGGCAGGAGAUCAGCACCCUGCGCUCCUCUGAGAAACAGCUCAAACAAGAACUCAACCAUCUACUGGAGCUCAAACUCAAUCUGGACAAACAUAAUCAGGAGCUGCUCAGGGAGCGAGAAGAAGUGGAUGUACAGCUAAAAGAGUUGAAGGAUCAAUUGGAAGCAGAGCAAUAUUUCACCAAACUGUAUAAAACUCAGAUUCGAGAGCUGAAGGAGGAGAGUGAUGAAAAGACUAAACUCUACAAAGAUGCUCAGCAGAGACUGCUGGAUCUGCAGGAAGAGAGGGACUCAUUAGCAGAACAGCUGGAGGAGAGUCUGACGAAGGUUGACUCUGAGCAGUUGGCGCGCUCCAUCGCUGAGGAACAGUACUCCGAGCUGGAGAAAGAAAAGAUCAUGAAGGAGCUGGAGAUCAAAGACGUGAUCGCCAGACAUCAGCAGGAACUUGGCGAGAAGGACAGUACCAUCAGCUCGCUGGAGGAGUCUAACCGCACACUGACUGUGGAUGUUGCCAACCUGGCCAGUGAGAAAGAGGAGCUCAACAAUAAGCUCAAACAUCUACAUCAACAGCUGGAGAAGGCCAGAGAAGAUGAAAAACAGAUGAAAGAUUUGAAGCUGUUCUUUGAGAAGCAGAUCCAAUCUGAGAGAACCCUCAAAAUACAGGCUGUAAACAAGCUGGCGGAGGUUAUGAAGAAGACGGGUGACAGGCCACGGCAAGGCAUCGAUACUGACAUCCGCAGGAAGGAGAAAGAGAACAGACAGCUGCAGUUGCAGCUACGUACUGAGAAAGAAAAACUCAACAAUGUUAUGAUCAAAUACCAGAAGGAAGUCAAUGAAAUGCAGGCUAUGAUAGCAGAAGAAUCUCAGGUGCAGCUGGAGCUGCAGAUGGCUCUGGACAGUAAAGACAGUGAUAUUGAGCGUCUGCGCUGCCAGCUCACUUCUCUCAACAUCCACUCUCUGGACACCACCAGCAUCAGCAGUACUGGCAACGACCUGGAGCAGGAUGGCAAUUAUCCAGUCCGCAUCACACACUCUCACACCUCAGAGUCUAUGUCCUUCACGUACCAGCGAAGCUCCAAGUCACUGUGUAUUGAUACCCGGCCAUGCCAGAUUGCCCCUCUGUUCCCCUCUGACUCAGAGGAAGAGGAGGAUGAGGAAGAACAUUGUGGGCCAAGGCCCGCCCUCACAUAUGAGAGGCCCACUGACCAAAAGCCUGCAGAUGCUAGUCUAGAGGGAUGGCUCUCAUUGCCUACCAAGAACACCAAAAGACUUGGCUGGGAUAAGAAGUAUGUGGUGGUAAGCAGCAAGAAGAUCCUGUUUUAUGAGUCAGAGCAGAACAGAGAGCAAUCCAGCCCAUUCAUGAUUCUGGACAUAGACAAACUCUUUCACGUGAGACCUGUCACUCAGACAGACGUGUACCGCGCAGAUCCCAAAGAAAUCCCACGGAUUUUCCAGAUACUAUAUGCUAAUGAGGGAGAGAGCAAGAAAGAGGAAGUUGCUGUGGAACCAUUAUCGGCAGCUGAAAGGUCGUCGUUUAUCCCACACAAAGGUCACGAGUUUGUGCCCACGCUCUACCACUUUCCCUCCAGCUGUGAAGCCUGUCCAAGGCCUCUGUGGCAUGUCUUCAGGCCCCCACCAGCCUUGGAGUGCAGGCGCUGCCGUGUCAAAUGCCAUAAAGAUCACAUAGAUCGAAAGGAAGAGGUCCUUGCUCCUUGCAGAGUAAACUAUGACAUGUCAACGGCGAAAGACCUCCUGCUGCUUGCCAGCUCCACAGAAGAGCAGCAGAAAUGGGUCAGCCGCUUGCUCAAGCGGGUCCCAAGAAAACCUGUAGCCCACACCCCAAUUCUAGCUAUAUCUCCUCCCCCUUUCGAGGGAUCUCCUCCACCUGGGCUGUCCCCUCAACCCUCUCCUCACCUGUCCCCCCGUUCCUCCCCCAGCAUGUCCCACAGAGGAGCCAUCAAAGUGCAUUCCACCCGACAGCAGCACUCACCCAGCACCAGAUAUCUUGAGUUGGGCCUGAAGGACUGGGGUUGGUCUCUUGAGGUUGAAAUGGAUGAUGACGAUGUAUUAGACUUCUGAAGAGUUGAGAGUUUGUGGGGAAACCACAGUGGUGCCUUAGCAUGUGUUGUGUGUGGUUUUCAAGCAGGUUUAUUUUGUAUUGUAUUAGUAGUGUGCUUAUGUUUUGUUCCCACUGUAAUGAACUAAAACUAGGGUGCAAGUUUUACUCGUGGAUGUGUUUGUGCACUAAUAAAAGUGGACUUGUAUGUGCAUGUUUGGCUGAAUUAAGGACCUUUGGCUUUGUUUAGUUGAAAGGGAUGUAUUUGCUGUUGUUUACUGCUGCAUGUGGUAGAAUAUGAAAUGUGAUGUGUAUGCCAUAUUUAAUUCUUAGAUUUUUUUUAUACCUGCUCAUUAAACAUUGACUUCAACUCCCUCUCUCACUCUCCCUCCAUCUUUUUUUUUCUCUCUCUCUCUCUCUCACCUUAAUUUCAGUUAACCUUGGUGAAGUCCGGAUAGGUGAUUAUCCAUCUGGGAACGAUUACAUCACAGAAGAAAAUGACAUACUGUUCAUUUUGGCAAAUGGCAGGAUGUCCAAAUGCCAAACAAGUACAAAUGAUUGAGGGGCCUUAUAUGGCUUGUGCAUUAUUAAAUAUAUCACCUAAAGGGUGUGGUUUAAUUUUAAUUUUAUGUCAUUUAAAUUUCUUCCUAAACAUGAUAUUCUUUAAAGUAACUUUUUAAAGUAAAACCAUUUUAAAGUUUAGAGGUUACUUUUAUCUCCAAACAAGGUUGUCAGUAUGUGUGUGUGUGCGUGCCUGCGUGUGUGUGUGUGUGUGUGUGUGUGUGUGUGUGUGUGUGCGCCCUUGUGUGCGUGUUUGAAGCAGAAUAUAUACUUUAGCUCCACAAUUAUAUGAUAAUCAAGUAUUAUAUAUAUUUUGUUUUGUUUGAAAAAAAAAAAAAAAAGACAGAUAUUUAGUGGCACAAAUUAUAUUUUUAUCAUUCAUUAUAUGAAAAAAUACUUUAUGCAAAAUGCUUUUCAAAGAGCCAUUAGAAAGCAUUAAUUAGCUGUUUGCCAGAAAUAUCUGCUCAAAAUAUAGCAUAUGCAUUGAAGACAUAUCAUUAUUGAUAUGACAUGAUGCAAAAAUGCAAUCCAUAUAACAUUUUAACAUUUCAUUAUACUCUGCUACAAAAAAAAAAACAAAAAAAAAAAAAGACUUUUGUGUUUGCAUAGUGGAAUAUGAAGACCUCCAAACCAUUUUCUGUGUUUUAUCUAAGCAAUAAAAUGUACAGAUAAUUGCCACUGACAAACUAUUGAGACAUGUUGUGAAAUUGUUAAUAAAAGUUUAUUUGAUGGUAAA